CCUAAAAUCCAUUCCCCAAUUUGCAAAAUGGAUUCUCAAUCCAAUUCUCCACAUGUACUCAUAUUCCCCUUUCCCGUUCAAGGCCAUGUUAGUUGUAUGCUCAAACUUGCAGAGCUCCUCUGUCUCUCCGGUCUCUCUGUCACCUUCCUCAACUCCGACAUCAUCCACCGCCGCCUCCUCCGGUACACCGACGUCAUCUCUCGUUUUUCCCGGUACCCCGGUUUCAGAUUUGAGACUAUUUCAGAUGGGCUUCCGCCUGAUCACCCUCGUUCCGGUAAUAGAGUCGUGGAUAUUUUCGAUUCCAUAAAAAUGGUAACUAAACCCAUGUUUAGAGAAAUGCUUCUCCCUGGUGGUUGCUUGAAUUCUGGUAAACGGCCUCCUGUUUCAAGUAUUAUUGCUGAUGGGAUUAUGUGUUUCACCAUUGACGUCGCUAAAGAGAUGGGGAUUCCCAUUUAUCUUUUUCGUACGGUUAGUGCUAGUUGUUUUUGGGCUUUUUACUGCAUUCCGAAGCUCAUAGAAUCCGGCGACCUUCCGAUCAAAGAAGAUGAUGAAAUGGAUAGGCUUCUACUUGGCGUCACAGGGAUGGAAAAGUACCUUCGGCUUCGUGACCUACCAAGUUUUUGUCGUGCAAACGACCUAUCAGAUAGAGCUUUCCAAGUUGUCACAACCGAGACACAAGAGACCUAUCGAGCAAACGGGCUCAUUCUCAACACCUUUGAUGACUUGGAAGAAUCCGCAUUAGCUCAAAUCCGCAAGCACAUUCCUAACCUAUACUCGAUCGGACCUCUUCAUGCCAACUUAAAAUCCCGAUUGGAAGCCAAAUUGACAUCACCACCUAGAUCGUCAAAUAGUCUAUGGGAGGAAGACCGAACUUGUAUGACAUGGUUAGACGAGCAAGCACAAAAGUCGGUCAUCUAUGUUAGUUUUGGAAGUAUGACCAUGUUGAGUAGAAAUGAACUCAUUGAGCUUUGGUAUGGGCUUGUGAAUUCUAGAAAGAAAUUUUUGUGGGUUGUUCGGCCCAAUUCCGUGGCAGGAGAUGGCCAAAACAUUCCGGCCCAAUUACUAGAGGGUACGUUGGAAAGAGGGUAUAUGGUGAGAUGGGCCCCACAAGAGGAGGUCCUAGCUCACCCCGCAGUUGGUGGAUUUUUGACACACAGCGGAUGGAACUCAACGUUGGAAAGCAUAGUGGCUGCAGUCCCUAUGAUAUGUUGGCCUUACUAUGCGGACCAACAAGUUAAUAGUAGGUUAGUAGGAGAAGUGUUGAAGUUAGGGUUUGACAUGAAAGACAUUUGUGAUAGGGUUGUUGUUGAGAAAUUUAUUAAGGAUUUGAUGGACACAAAGAGAGAUGAGUUAACGAGACCGGUUGAACGAAUGAUGAAAAUGGCUAGAAGAUCGGUUGCUAAAGAUGGGACUUCUUAUAGUAAUUUGAAUCGAUUGAUUGAGGAUAUAAAAAACUCGAAGGAAAAAAGAUGA